AUGUCUCUCAACAAUCCCCUGACGGUUCUCUACAAAGAGAUCAAUGGCAGUCAAAUCACCACAGAUGUAUAUCUCCCCACCUCUUCCUCGACACAGAAACAUCCAGUGUUGAUCGACAUCCAUGGCGGUGCUUUCAUGCUGGGCCAUUCGCGGAUGGUUUCCCUACCCCAAGUGCAAGACUGCCUCGACCGGGGCUGGAUCGUGCUAGUUCCCAACCACCGGCUAUGUCCCGGAGUGAAUAUCCUCGAGGGACCAAUGCAGGAUAUACGCGAUUUGUUAACUUGGAUCCAAGAAGGACAGCUGGACAAAUUCCUUUCCAGCCAUGGUGCAUACAGAGCUGACCUGGACAACAUCGCUGCAUUCGGCACAUCAUCUGGCGGAACACUAGCUUUGGGACUGGGAUUUGACGUGGCUAAACCAGUCAAAGCAAUUCUCUCUCUCUACGGCGCAGUGAACUUCACCGACCCAUUCUGGAAAACGCCUCUUCCUCACGUCGCGGCAAAACUACCCCCCAACCUAGAACCAGAAUUCCUGUCUCAAAUCUAUCAAGAGAUUCCAAUUCCAACCGACAGCUCUGUCUCUCUGGAAGGCCAAUCAGAAGCUGGAGGUAGAAAAGGCCCCAAUUUCUCCCGACCACGCGACGCUUUCGCUUUCACCCAGAUUGCCAAUGGAACCGUCAUGGACGCCAUCUACCCAGACUGCAAAACCACAGAUCCAGGAAUGGAUCGCAUUGAUCCAGUGAAGAACAUCCAUGCUGACUUCCCACCAACAUGGAUUGUGCAUGGUCUUGCGGAUACAAUGGUUCCUAUUGAACUUAGUCGCGAGUUGUAUCGACAGUUGAGGGAGGCCGGUGUGCAGUGUGGAAUGACCGAGGUUCCAGGGGAAGAACAUACUUUUGCUAUGCUCAUGAAGGUUGGAUCGAAGACUUGGUGGUUGCAAAGGGAGGGUUUCGAUUUCUUAGAGAGAAUCAUUGGGAAAGGGCCUCAAUCUGCUUGA